AUGGCUGAGGUCCCAGAGAAGGGUCAAGCUGGGAGUAUGGUUAUUAUAUGGGAUGCUAGCAUAGUGAGAGUCCAUGAUUUUUUAAGGAGGAUCCAAGAGAUCCACGCCACUAUAGAGGUAUCACUUGGUGGUUGUUUGGUGGCGGUAGGGAGUCAUAUUGGGUCGUCUACUGGUGGCUAUGGUGAGGUGUUCGGUGGCUUCGACUUUGGUGAGAGGAACGAUGGUGGUACCUCACUAUUAGAUUUCGCUAGCGCUUUUGAGUUGGUAAUCGUGAACUCUAUAUUUCUGAAGAGGGAGGAACAUUUGGUUACUUUCCUGAGUAUGGUGGCUAAGACUCAGAUUGACUAUCUCCUCUUCAGAAGGUAUGAUAGGGGGUUGUGCGAGGAUUGCAAGGUGAUCCCGAGUGAGAACCUCACAACUCAACAUAGGCUCCUGGUGAUGGACGUGGGUAUCUUGAUGAAGAGGAAGAAGAGGUUUGUAUGGGGUCAGUCGAGAAUCAGGUGGGAAGCAUUGUCUAAGGAUAAUGUACAGGAGUUGGAGGGGCGGUUGACAACUAUGGGUGCCUGGAAGAGUGGUGGGGAUGUUAGUGCUAUUGGACGGCAAUGGCGGACUGUAAAUGGGAGGCAGCGAAAGAGCUGUUGGGAGUUUUGA